AUGAGCGGUGAGGAGACGAAGCGUUCCGCUCCCUGGCCCGAGUCGAUGUUUGUGCCGUCUUCGUCUACGAAAAUUCAGCCCAGUCCUCCUAUUCCGAGUCGAUGGUGGUUCGGUUUGGCUGUGCAUGACUCCAAAUUUGCUUUUGGGUUUCCAUUUGCGCCAGUUGCUAGGCCCAAAGGAUCCAAGGGAAGAGCGUUCCUGCUCCGAUUCCGGUUGGUGGGAGGCAUAUCCAGGCUAUUCGAAGCAAUGAGGGUGUCGGUGAAUGAUUGGAACAUGAGGGGAUUGAUGGUUCCUGAGAACGGGGCUAGUUUCCAAACCGCCUACGCAAAAUUACAGUGA